AUGGAGUUGGAAACGGGUCAAUCUACAGUUAUAGAGAUUAAAAAAGACAAUGUGAAAGAACUUGCACAGGUUUUAAAAACAGUCGUCUUCAAGGAUUUUGGAAUGUUGUAUGCUUAUGAUUCCGGUCUCAAAAUCACUGUCGACGACGGAGCGUAUCAACAGGCUAACGCUUUCCUGAAACCACCAUUUUUCUCAGACUUCAAAGUUCGAGAAGAUAAUAUUUCGCUUAAACUACCACUGAAAACAAUUUAUGAGUUUCUCAGCAUUCCUGAAGGAUACACAAAUUCAGUAAAACUGUCAUAUUCUGGCAUGUUUGACCCGUUGAAGCUGCUGAUUGAAGAGGGUGAUGGUUGUGUUAUCAGAGGAAAAUUCAAUAGUUCAAUUGCAGAUCAGGAAUUGGAUUUCGAAUUCGAUGAUGCCGCAGUUGUAGUGACCUAUUUGCUCAAAACACAAGUUUUAAAAGAAAUUUUCAAGGACUUCGAUGAUACUAGCAAAACCGUUAAAAUGCAGUUCUCGAAAUCGGUUCUUUGUUUUACAACAUUUGGAGAAGUUGGAGAAACCAUUGUAUCAAUUCCAUCCCGAAGCCUGCAAAUGGAAAGUGUAAAAUGUUCAGAAGAAGUGGAGUAUUCUUAUCAUUUGAAUCUUCUACAAAGAAUGAAUUCUGCAUUUGCUCUGGCUUCAAAGGUAAAGUAUUCACAGGAUAUUUUCCAACUUUAA